CUGAAGCUGUGGUCAGCUCGUGAGCAGUGCCCCGUUGGUUAAUGUCAAGGAGAUCGCUUGUUGAGAGGGGCCCGGCAAUCUGCUCGCGCCCCCCAUGCCCCUCCACAGCUGGCAACCUAGGCCCCCGUUUUUAGCGGAAACCUCGAUUGGAAAUAAGGGGCUCCGUCCGGGCAGGCGCAAACGAAGCGCUUCAUUCCAAAAAAAACCACCUGAACACUUUUCCUGAACUUACUCCAGCAGAGAGAGAGGGAGAGAGAAUCCAUACAGUUUUUUUCUUUUUGCCUUUUUUGCUCUCCUGUUACGACGACGUCUUUUUCUCUUUUUGACGAAGGACACCUCAACCAACGGUUUUCCCUCUUGACACGAGACACUGCAACAACGAUUACCCAAAUCAUCCACCCCGGCGCUCGCCAUCUAGAAAGUCGAUUCCAUACGGAUAUCCACCCCCUUUUUUUGUUCAUGGCCACAAAGCUGCGCGCUUGAGCAAACUACGACAGCAUCAUUCCGACCUCGUUUCGCCGCCGAUUAUAGAACGUGAUACGACAACGCCGGUGAAGGGUGACAGAACAAGGAGAGGGUUGCGCCGGCGGUAAAGGUCACCAUGUCGACCGCCAUCGAGGAGAUGAUCAAGUCUCCUGUCGUGGAGGAGAGGGAGGAGCUGCAACAAACGCCGCUUUCUCCCGUAGCGGACCAAGAAACGGUCCAAACCCCAAAAGCACCACCACAGCAGGAGCAGAGGCCGCCAUCAAGGGACUCAGACAAGGACACGCAGGACACCUUUGAAGAUGCCGUCGAGUCGGGCGAGACAGGUUCGGUCCGGUCGUUGACCAAGCGACAACCGUCCGUGGUCACGCCCCUCGCCGUGGAGGAAACCGAGUCCGACUACGAGGAACCUCAGUCCCCAGUUGCUCCCGCUCGGCAAUCUGUGCUCACUGUCGAUGGGCCCGCCGAUGUGGUCGAAAAGCCGGAAUCCCCGUCGACGAGCGACCACAGAAUAUCGCGCCGUUUCUCCCGUGUCUCUGAAGCUUCUGCCGGCUCACUCGACAACGUGAACCUAGACGACGAUUCAACUCCAACGGCCGCCACCCAACUAGCCAAAAUUGCCGCUUCCGUCUCCGCUGCUGCAGCACCAGCGGUAGCUCAGGAGGUUCCCGUCCCGACCAGCCCCGAACCUGCCAUCGCAGAGAAGCCCGCCCCUGUCCCUGAAAAGGCUCAUACUGCCAAAACUAUGUCUUUUAGCAGCAUCAGCAUGCCCUGGGAUACUCGGUCAAAGAGCCCCCCCGCUGCGCCGCCCUCGCCAAAUCCUCCUUCGACUGCUGCUCCCGCGCCGGCUGGUCGGAAGUUCAACAGCCCCUUUUCAUGGCUUUCGAGAAGCUCGACCAAGGUUGAGACACCUGUGCCACCAGCACCUUCCCCGAGGAGGAAUACGGCUAGCUCGGUCGCCACCAUGACGAGCAAUCCGGAGAUGAUGCUGAGCAAGCUGGACGAGGAUGACGAGACUAGGGCGAUCGGUUCGAGGAACAGCUUGAAGGAUCGGUUCAAGGCGCUGCGGAUGAGGGAAGAGGCUGGGAUUCCUGGUAUGAAUGGGGACGAGGAGAAGCAAGGUGAUGAGGACGGCGAUGCUGAUACUAUUUCGAUCCCGAAACCACCGCCCUCGCCGCUGCCGCAAAGCCCGAACCGGAAUCUGGCUCCGGGCACUGUCUCGGGUGUCAAUGCCGGGCCUUCUGCCAUGGCCGACACGCCGGUUGAUUGGGAUCUUUGGCAGGCCGUUGUCUACGAGGGUCCUGCAGCGGUGGCCCGGACGAGUGCCGAGGAGCUGAAUAAGGCGAUUGCUACCGGCAUCCCGAGCGCCAUCCGCGGUGUUAUUUGGCAGGUGUUGGCUCAGAGCAAGAACGAAGAGCUCGAGAUAGUAUAUCGGGAACUUGUUGCUAGGGGCACUGACAAGGAGAUUAAUGGCACCGCCAACGGGAGCACCAAGGACUCGGCCUCGUCUGCCUCGUCGGUCAACUCCGAGGCUGGCUCUACCGGUGGUUCUUCGCCAACCGAUAAGGAGACUGACUCUAUCAAAUCCGCCGCCGCUGCUGCCGAGCGCAGGAAGAAGGAUAAGGAAGAUCUUGCUCAGCUUCAGAAGUUGGAAAAGGUCAUCAGGAGGGAUCUGGGUGCUCGAACAAGCUACUCCAAGUACGCUGCCGCCCAAGGGCUCCAGGAAGGCCUGUUUGGCGUGUGCAAGGCGUAUGCACUGUUUGACGAGCAGGUGGGGUACGCGCAGGGCAUGAACUUUUUGAUCAUGCCGCUGCUCUUCAACAUGGCCGAGGAGGAGGCCUUUUGCCUGUUGGUCAGGCUGAUGAAUCACUACCAGCUGCGGGAUCUGUUUGUGGCGGACAUGCCGGGGCUGCACCUGAGGCUGUUCCAGUUUGAGAGGCUGCUGGAGGAUCUGGAGCCGGCGCUGUACUGCCACUUGCGGAGGAGGGGGAUCACCCCGCACUUAUAUGCCACGCAGUGGUUCUUGACGCUGUUUGCGUACCGCUUCCCGCUGCAGCUGGUGUUGAGGAUUUAUGACUUGAUCCUCUCGGAGGGGCUUAGCGCGAUCUUGAGGUUUGGCAUUGUGCUCAUGCAAAAGAACGCGGCGGCGCUGCUGGGGAUCACGGACAUGAGCGCCCUGACGACGUUUUUGAAGGACAGGCUGUUUGAUUUUUAUAUUGAUGCCACCCCGUCGACGAAUUCGAUUUUGGAGAAUGGGUUCUUUGGAAGCAGCAGCAGCAGUCUGGACAAGGAGGUUUACCGGGCGGAUCAGCUGGUCAGGGAUGCAUGCGAGGUGAAGAUUACGCCCGAAGUGCUGCAGGCUUACAAGGUGGAGUGGGAGGAGAAGACGAGGGCGGAGAAGGAGAGGGAGCAGGAGCUGGAGGGGUUGAGGUCGGCGAAUGCGAGUUAUGCGAGCAGGGUGAGGCGGUUGGAGGAGAGGAUCGAGGCUCAUGAUCGGGAGCAGGCGGAGCUGGCGACGGAUUUGGUCAAGACCAAGGUGGAGAAUGAGGAGUUGAAGGAUGAGAAUGAGAGCUUGAGGGGGCAGGUGAAGGAGUUGAGGAUUGUGAUUGAGAAGCAGCCCGAGGAGCUGGAGCAGGCGUGGGAGUUGGAACGGGGGGAUUUGAUGAAGAGGAAUGAGAAGGUGCACGAGGAGAAUGAGAGGUUGGAGAAGGAGUUGAAGGACUUGGAGGAGGAGCUGGUGGCUACCAAGGUGCAGUAUGCUGAGGUCAAUUCUCAACAUGAGACACUCAAGCAAAAGUGGAAGGAGUUGAAGAAGCAGUUUGAUAAUUAAGCAUGGCAUUUGGCUUCGAGGAGGGGGGGGAGGAUAUAUGUAUUAAGGGUGUAACUCAAAAUCACGUUCACAUUGUGUAAAGGGAUUAAGGAAAGGGGGGCAUAUUCGAGGGGGUUAGGGGGUCUGGUUAUUAAAGAACUAAAUAACAUAGCAAAGGCGGGUUAUUAUGCAUAGUAGUUGUCAAGUGGGUGGAUGGAGUUUUUUUCUUUUAUCAUCCAACGGCUUGCAGCAGAGCAGCAUAGAACUGAUGGCUGCGGCCUGAAUGGGACAAUAUCAGCAAUUGUAGCUUGGUUAAUCUGGUGCUUUUGCAGCGGUCAAGUAUGAACUACAACAACUGGUC